CCGGUUACAUUAGCCGUGACGCUGAGAACGUGGCCCCAGCGAGCCAACAGCUGCGGGGUCGUCACAGUCACAGAGGCACCAGCGCAGCCUGCAGCCGCUAACGACCGGGGGCCGCCCCGCCAGCUCAUUACUGCCGCAGUGUAUGAAUUAUCCCCAGAGUGACAGGUCCCCGUGCCCGACCAGGUCACCAUGAAGGGUGAGGAGACCCGGCAGAGGAGGAAGGAGGGCCGAGCCAGGAAUGGAGAGCACACCAAAAACAGAGCAAAGAACAAAGGCAAACAGAAUGAGAACCGAGGCGUCCACAGAGAGAUUGUGGAAGACGAUCUGCCACUCAUUCCGGAAAAGCGCCCCCCUCCAGAGAAGAAGGUUCCCAUGGCCAGACCAGGAGAUGAGUCCUCUAUCUCCAUCACCCUGCAGGUGUUGUUCCCCUACCUGUUGGCAGGGCUGGGCAUGGUGAUGGCUGGCAUGGUGCUGGAUGUGGUGCAGCACUGGGUUGUCUUCAGGACCAUCACAGAGGUCUUCAUUCUGGUUCCAGCAUUGGUGGGCCUCAAGGGCAACCUGGAGAUGACGCUGGCCUCUCGGCUCUCCACAGCUGCAAACACAGGACAGCUGGACGACCCCAGCGAGAGAUGGAAGAUGGCGAUCAGUAAUUUGGCUUUAAUCCAGGUUCAGGCCACCGUCGUCGGUCUUUUGGCCGCUGUUGCUGCUAUCCUCUUGGGCGCGUUAUCUAAAGGUUACGUGGAAUUUGACCAGGCCGCCGUCCUCUGUGCCAGCAGCGUGACCACAGCCUUCAUUGCUGCCCUGUCCUUGGGUCUGGUGAUGGUCGGGGUCAUCAUUGCCUCUAGGAAGCUGGGAAUCAACCCCGACAAUGUUGCUACCCCCAUCGCGGCCAGCCUGGGGGACCUCAUCACCCUGUCGUUGCUCGCGGGAAUCAGCAGCUUCUUGUUUGACUACAGAGAUGUUCAGUAUCUCUCUCCAUUGAUCUGCUCCGUCUUUAUCAUCCUGAUCCCGCUGUGGGUGGCCAUAGCCAAACAGAGCCCGUCCAUUGCUGAAGUUUUGAAGUCGGGUUGGCAGCCGGUGAUUGUGGCCAUGUCGAUUAGCAGUUUUGGUGGACUCAUCUUAGACAAGACAGUAACGGACCCCAAAUUCGAGGGCAUGGCGGUUUUUACCCCCGUCAUAAACGGAGUAGCCGGGAAUCUGGUGGCCAUUCAGGCAAGUCGGAUCUCCACGUUCCUCCAUUUCUGGAGCAUGCCCGGCGUCUUACCGUACAAGAUGAGGCAGCACUGGCCCAACCCUUGCACGACGUUCUUCUCCUCAGGUGUUAAUUCGAAAUCAGCCCGAGUAUUACUGCUGCUGGUGGUGCCCGGGCACCUGGUCUUCAUGUACACCAUCCACCUGCUGCAGGGCGGUCACACCGCCAUCACUCUACUGUUUGUCACCUUCUACCUGGCCGCAGCCUUCCUACAGGUUUGCAUCUUACUGUACAUAGCUGACCUCAUUGUGCGCUUCAUGUGGAGAAGAGGCCUGGACCCAGACAACUUUUCCAUCCCGUACCUCACCGCCCUCGGCGACCUUCUGGGCACCGGAUUCCUGGCUGUCUGCUUCCGGCUUGUCUGGCUCCUUACUGGUGCGGAGUCGAACCUGGGAGACUGAAUGGGCCGAUCCAGAUUGGCUUUUAUUUUUUUCCUUUUUUUGCUACUAAACUUGCACUUGAAAGGAACAAUAGAGGAUUUAGUGUCUUCUACCAGACGGACGACUUAUCCACUGACAUUUAUCAUCAGCGAAAAAUCUCAGCCGAAACAGCGGAUUUAUAGAGAAGUAUCCAGAUAUUUUAUUUAUAUAGGAAUCGGAUGCUGUUUGCAAUAAAACUGUGUGC